AUGAAGAUCACAACUACCGUUGGUCUUCUCUUCACUCUCCUCACCACCUCUGCUUCCGCUACUCCAUUCUUUUAUGGCUGGUCAGACAGCGUGACCCUCCAACUUUCCAACGACUGGUCUGGCGCAAAUGCCAAAGCCUCCGUCGCAACCGACGGCAAGCCACAUCCAAUCCAAGAGCUCUUCGACGACUCAGAUCUCGAAAAGGACGGCAAGAUCUAUGCAACAAGCGCUCAGCUCAUCAAAUUUCACCAUAAUACCAUCUGUCGCGUGCUUCAGCACGACCCUAGGGUUGAAGUCACAUUGGACGACGAGAAUACUUGGUCGUUUCUGGACCGCGGUGCCUGGGUGGAUGUACACCGCGGUGUGGUGAUCUGUUUUGAAAAAUAG